CCCGAGCUCAUGACGUUAUUAUUCUGCGACCAGACGUUUAUGCGACUCCAACAGCGAUGGCGAGCGGUAAAAAGAGUGCUCUCCUCUCCUCUUUGGCGGACUAUGGGGACGACUCAGAGCCGGACUCAGACCCUGAAUCAGAAGAGAUUGGGGGGCCUGGAGUGGCUCUGGUGUACGGCUACGGUGAUGAUGAUCUGAACCGGACUGAGGAUAUAGAAGACAAGAUCUCUAGAGAUGAAGACAGCAGAGAGAGCAACUCGGAAAUGGAAGAAUCUGACGAGGGGAGGGAGCCAGAUGAAGUUGAGAUCCCAGAAGCAGAGAGAAAGGACCCCAAUGAGCUUGUUGCUCUUUUCUCAGAGAAGGUGAGGAACAUGUCACCAGAUGAAAUCAGGAUUCCCCCUGAGCCCCCCGGACGCUGCUCGAGCCAACUCCAGGAGAAGAUCCACAAGCUGUACGAGAGGAAGCUGCAUGGAGAUUUUGACACGAACAACCACAUCCAGAAAAAGAAAGAAUUCAGAAACCCAAGUAUUUACGAGAAGCUCAUUCAGUUCUGCGCCAUAGAUGAACUGGGAACCAACUACCCUAAAGAUAUGUUCAAUCCCCAUGGCUGGUCAGAAGACUCUUAUUACGAAGCUCUAGCUAAAGCCCAGAAAGUGGACAUGGACAAACUGGAGAAAGCCAAGAAGGACCGGACCAAGACGCACGCAGGAAUCAACGCUGCCAAGUUCUGCUCUCGUGUCAGCAGGGCGAGCCCAGCGCAGAUUGAGUUUGUCACGGGGACUAAAAAGGGCGCCAACCCCUCCAACUCUUCAGCAUCCACCACCAGCAACACCAGCACCACCACAGCCACAGCACAAGACAAACCUAAAACCAUCACAACUAGUUGUCAAAAGCUCCACGGUGCCAGUCGAGUAAAGCCAGGAGGCCUUUCCCGCCGGACCCUCUCACUGAAUCUCCUCUUAUCAACAGACGCCCAGAAGAGGAAAAGCAAGUGGGACUCUGCGAUCCCUGUGACCCUGGCCCAGCCCGCCCUCAUCACCACCACCACCGCCACCCUGCCUGCCGUAGUCUCCGUGACCACCACUGCUAGCGGCACCAAAACCACCGUCAUCUCUGCCGUGGGCACCAUCCUGAAGAAAGCAAAGCAGUGAACGUUAUGUAUAUAUAUAUUUGUGGACAAGAUGCAGAGCGAGGGCAAACGGACUGAGGGACACUUGGUGUACCUUUUUCUUCUUUUCUUUUUUUAGAACAAACCUACAAACACACUCUGCUACACUUGGACAAAGACUUAACCGCCUUCUAUCUCUGGGAUACAUCUGCACUAUCGUAUCAUACAGCCAAACUCACAGUUUGGUGAGAAAACUCAAAGACCCUCUGAAUCUCAGAAAGUGACGCCGGCUGAUCUAAUGCUGAUAUAAAAAUGUGUGUUGUUCUUUUUCUGAUUUGUCGGCAACAGUUGUUUGUCUAAAUAUGAUGGUGACUAAAACGGAAGAAGGGUUCCAAACAGACAAGCUAGAAAAAUCUGAGCUGUUUUUUUAUUUUUAUAUCCAUGAUUCUGGUGCAGUAUUUUAACACCACCUUUAGCAGUUAGCUCAACAUGUGCAUCGGUUUUGUUUUGAUCAUCAGCAUAUUCUCCUGGCUCUGGUAGAUUUUUUACACUUGUACAUAUGUGUUGAUGAUAAGGUGAAUAAAUGGAUCAGAUGUUGCCUUUUCA